GUUGCAACAUGGCCGCGUCCUGGUGUCGGCGUGUGUGUAAACAGUUUUAACAUCGACCAAGAAGCAAAAGUUAAGUUUUUCAUGAAUCGCUUGGAUCGCAAGCCAGUCUUUGGAAUACAACCGUCUUUUUACCAGACAACGGAGCAAAGAUGAAGAUCAAGUCCAAGUCUUCGUAUCACAAGUCGGAGAACACCUACAGGUUUCUCACUUUUGCUGAAAGACUUGCCAAUGUCAACAUCGAUGUCAUCCAUCGUAUUGACAGAACCGGAUCUUAUGCUGAGGAAGUAGAAACAUACUUUUCUGAGGGGCUGACAAAAUGGAGGGACCUCAACUUGACGGAGCAUUUCACAACGUUUCUGAAAGAGGUAUCCAACAAGAGCCAGUCGUUCAACAUGCUGGUCUUCCACCAGAAGUCGAUAGUGGAGUGUCUGAAAACGCACCUGGCUGUCAAGAGCAGCAUGGCCUACCAACCACUGCUGGACCUGGUGGUUCAGCUGGCCAGAGACCUGCAGACUGACUUCUAUCCUCACUUCCCUGACUUCUUCGUUCUCAUCACCUCACUGCUGGACACGAAGGACACAGAGGUCCUGGAGUGGGCGUUCACCUGCCUCUCCUACCUCUACAAGUACCUGUGGAGGGUCAUGGUGAAGGACAUGACCAACAUCUACAGUUUGUACAGCACUCUGCUGGCACACAAGAAGGAUCAUAUCCGCAAGUUUGCAGCAGAGAGCUUCUCAUUUUUGAUGAGAAAGGUUCCAGAUCUCGAUGCCCUGCUGACUCAUGUGUUCUCAGACCUGCAGCAGCAUCCCGACAAGGCAGAAGGAACGGGUCAGCUGCUGUUCGAGAUGUGCAAAGGAGUCCGAAACAUGUUCCACUCCAACGCUGCAAAUGCUCUCCCUGUGGCUCUGCGUAAGCUCGGCCCAACAACCAACCCAGGAGUCUCUCUGCCCUGGGACACUGUCAGGGAUGCUCUGGAUCACAUGGCCCAGGCUGCAACCAAUCACGUUGACAGAGAACACUUCCUGGUUUUAUGGGAGUCCAUACAGGUCAGUGUGGUCGAGGUCCUUGGUUUCGUGGAGGCGAAGGGAGCUGAGGCCAGCGAGGCAGCGGAGCAGCUGGAGAGGCUGCUGUUCAUUCUCCACACCCUGGUGUCCCACAGAGACGGAGCCAAGAUCACCAAGCCGGAGGCCGUCUGCCAGACGGUGCUGCGGCUGAUUCAGAGCUCGGCUCUGUCAGCUCCCUGUUCCCGCCUGCUCCUCCAGAUCCUCUCUUCUCUUCUCCUCGGGGAGAGCAUCAGCUUGCCCAAGUCCCUUAUCCAGGAGACGGUGCAGAAGGUGUUUGGCAGUUCAAUGGGACAAGACCUGAUCAUAGAGUUCACCAAGGAGAUGUUCACCAUGAAACAGUUUGAGCAGCUUUUCCUCCCCAGCCUGCUAAGCUUCACCGCUGGGUUGUUCAGUUGUGGCAAUGUGCUGUCCCGCCACAGUGGCCUGGAGGUGCUGGUCAGCCUGAUCCUUGCCAAAGCCCCUCCCCCGACAGAUGGCUCCAUGGCCUUUGAAACCUAUCCACUGCUCUUCACCGGACAGAGCACAGGAGUGUUGAGCAGUAAGGAAGCAGGUCAGGUGAGUAACACGACAUCGGAGCAGCCAGCAGUGUCGGAGCUGGUGCUGUCUCUCAUUAGAUUCCCUGAGGAGCAGGACCAGUCCAUCACUGACCUGUCUCUGCCUUGGUCCGCCCUGAUGCUGCUGCCACACGUCAGACCUCUGGCUGCGGUUAGUGUUGUUCCGGCUGUGAGCGCUCUCUUAAACCACCUGCUCUGUCAGAUCGAGACAGGGGAACUGGGGAAAGCUGGUCUGUUCGUAGCCAGACAGGCGCUGAGCUGCCUCCUCAGUCUGGACGGCUCUGCCCAGCUUCUCUCCCUGGUGACUGUGGACAAGAUCACCUCAAUCCUCAGGAAGUUUCCUACAGACCUAUCUGCACUGUUGCUAGGAGACCUCUACUAUACCCGCCUGUCACUCAGCGGUGUAUCAGAGCAUCUGUCCCACAAUGCACUGCUGGAGCUCUACCAGAUUCUGCAUGCCAACCUCUCCUCCAACAUCUCUAAGAUCCGCCUUCUGACUCUGAGGAUCCUCUCUCAGUUUGAGGCCGAGCUCCCUCCACUGGCUGAGGGCGAGGAGAAUGUGGAUAUGCAGCCAGUGUUUGCAGUUUGCCUGCAGGCAGAGCUGGUGCCGGCCUCGGUGCAGGACUACAGAGACAAGCUGCUUCACCUGCGGAAGCUGAGGCACGACCUGGUGCAGCGCUGCCUGCCACAGGGGCCACCGGGCUCCUUCCAGCAGGUGCCUCUGCGUUACCUCAUCGCGAUGCUGUUUGUCAACUUCAGGCCACUGUGGGACGCCAUCAUUGAGCUUCUUGUGAGCCAUGCCAGAGGGAUGGACAACAAAGACUUCUGGGCCGUCUACCAUGAGCAUCUGGAGAUGGUGGCAGGGCUGUCAGAAAAAGAACUGCAGGAGAAUGAUGAAGAUGACGCCAGUGAUGACGAGGAAGAGUCUAGUCAUCGGAGUGAGCCGGGCUGCAACGUCAUUGAAAGUGGGGAUGUUGGGGUGCUGUUCCUGAAGCAGCUGAAGUUGACCUCUGACCCCAAUGACAGGACGGACUUCCCCAACUUCCGCAGCCUGCUGUGGCGCACAAUGGCCCAGUUUCCUGACAGGGUGGAACCACGCAGCCGAGAGCUGAGUCCUUUGCUGCUCAGGUUCAUUAGGAAUGAGUUUUAUCCCGCCGACCUGCUGCUAGCCCCUACUCAGGACCUGAGGAAGAGGAACGAUGCAGCCCUAGAGGAUCCUGGGAUGGCUGUGGAGGGAGAGGAGGAGAGAGAGGAAGAGGAGCAUGAUAUGGAAGAGAAAGGCGCACAGCAGAGGAAGGCACUUCCGAAGAGAGCUGCCGCCAAGCAGCUGAUUGCCCAUCUCAAAGUUUUUGCCAAAUUCGCCAACCCCCGUGCGCUCUACCUGGAGGGGAGUCUCAGCGAACUCUAUAACCAGUUGCUCUGCCACCAGGACCAGCAGAUUCAGCGAGCGGCGCUGGAAUGUGUUCUCACGUACAAAGACCCCAACAUAGUUCCGUACAAGGAGAAUCUUGAGAAGCUUCUGGAUGACAAACACUUCAAAGAGGAGAUUGUCCAUUUCAACAUUUCCGAGGAGACCGGAGUGAUUGAUGCUUCACACAGAGCCAGACUGAUCCCACUGCUUAUGAGGGUCCUGUUUGGGCGUCUGCGCAGCAAAGCGGGCAGUAAGUUCCAGGGCAAAGCCACCGCCUCUUCCCGCUCCUCCAUCAUUCUGCGUUUCCUGGCGGGCUGCCAGGCCGAGGAGUUGGGAAUGUUCAUCGACCUGCUGCUGGAGCCCGUCUGCCAUCACAGCCAAGGCUCUUGUCUGGCAGCGGUGGAGAGAGCAAUCGCUGAGACGGAUGCAGGCGCAAUCCUGCCGCUGGGCCGUCUGCACAGCCUCCUCAACAUCAUCAGCGUGGUGAUCCAGAAACUGGGCCACCUCAUCCACAUCUAUCUGCCCAAAGUGCUGCAGAUCCUGCUGUGCGUCACUGCGUCCGUGUCCACCGUCCUGGACAGCAGGGAGCAGCUGAAAGCAGGUUGCAUCAGUCCUCUGAAGAACCUUAGGCGACUCGGCAUCCUGAGGAUCCAGGACUUUUUCGACGGCUUUGACUCUUACAGCUUCAGCCAAGACGAGCUGGAUGCCGUCUUCCAGGCUGUAGUCUGGCCUCAGGUGUGUCGUCUGCCCAUGGAGAGUACCUACUCCCCAACCCCUUUGCUGAAACUCAUCCAUGUGUGGUGCAAGAAUAACAGGUACUUCCCUCUUCUGGCCAAGCAAAGACCAGAACACCCAGAGUGCGGUGUCCUCUUGAACAUCUUUGCCCUCCUCUCUGCCAAGAACGCUUCCCCUCCAACCAUCGCCAUGGUAAUGGACAUAGCCGAGUCUCUGGCAACGGCCGAAGACUUUGUUGCCUCAGAGAUGGAGACGGAGCUGAGCGUCAACAGUAGUGCGUUCCCGCAGCCUGCAGAGGGCGCUUUUGUCACUGCAGAUUCAUUAACCCAGGGCUCCAGGCUGCUGCUGCCUCACAUCUCCACUCUGCUGCGGUACCUCAGCGGCAUCAUACGCAACACUGACAGGCUCAAGAAGAAGAAGUUCAGAGUGCAGGUGGCCAAGGAGCUGAACAUCCUCUCCAAGGUCAGUCGAUUUGUGAGCGACAAGGAGCAGAGCUCAGUGCUCAUUAGCCUGUUGCUGCCGUACCUCCAGAAAGGAAAAAACCCUCAAGAGACAGAAAUCGACAUCCUGGCCACCGUACAGAACCUGCUGCGACAGUGUGUGCAGCCCUCCGCCUUCCUGCAGCCCCUCAGCAAACUCUUCUCCAUCAUUCACAACAAGCUGCCCAGGCAGGCCCUCACCAACGUCUUCCAGACUCUGUCAGAUCUGGAGCCUUCCCUCACAUAUAUCACUGAUUUGGCAGCAAAGCUCAACGCGUUCGACAGUCGACACUUGGAUGAGGUCUACUUCGACGUGCGUCUGACGGCUUUCCAAGGCGCCACCAGGCGCGUCAGAGACAUGCAGACUCUGGACUUGGACUACAUCAGCACCAUCAUACACAACUGUUUCCACACCUAUGAGAUUGGUGACAUGUCGCUGGCAGACAACGCCACCUUGUGUCUGUCUGCAGUGAUCGUCCAGCUGUCGGUGGUCGGAGGUGGAGAACAGAUCUACAGGGACGUUGUCCAACACACCAUCCUGGACGCUGUACACAAGGGGCUGCGCAGCAAGACAGAGAGUGUGCAGCACGAUUACACCACUGUGCUCGCCUGCCUGGUGAAGACCUUCCCGUCCAGGAAAGAGUUCAGGGACCUGGUGCAGCUCACAGACUAUAAUGAUCCCGAGUCUGACUUCUUCGAGCACAUGAAGCACAUCCAGAUCCACCGUCGGGGUCGUGCCUUGCGGAAGCUGGCCAAGCAGCUGACCGAGGGCACGGUGGUGCUGACGUCACGUUCCCUGCAGAAUUACAUAAUGCCGUACGCCAUGACCGCCCUGCUUGAUGAGAAGAUGCUCAAGCAUGAGAAUAUGAUAUCAGCGUCGGUGGAGGUUGUGGGUGCCGUGUGUCGCAGGCUGACCUGGUCCAAGUACCUGUACUACCUGAAACACUUCAUCCACAUCCUACAGACUGCACAGGCUGAGCAGAAACUGGCUGUCAGUUUGCUAGUGACGGUUCUGGAGGCUUUCCAUUUUGACCACCAGACCCUCAGCAGGGAAAUGGAGGCAGCCAAGGCCAGAGAAGCUGUCGCAUUCGACGGAGAAGACGUGGACGAAGCUGCAGCCGAAUCUGAUGCAAGCGACGAUGAGGAGGCAAUGGAGACUGACAGUAAGGCGGCUCCAUCUGAGGUUCCCAUGGAAAUGGACAAUGAUGGGGAAAAUGAUGGUGUCCCAGAGAAAGCGUCGACCGCUAAAGCCAAGGGACCGGUGGCUCCUAAACCUGCUGCGGGGGCCAGCGGGCUGCCACAGAGCACAGAGGAGCUAGAGUCUCUGAUCCGCGCCAUCCACCAGAGUGUCAACGACAACGUGUUGCCUCGCCUGCACAAGUGUCUCACUGCAAAAGUGAAGCGCGACGAGGAGCACAAGGCGGUGAAAUCAAAGGACGUGAAGGAGGAGGAGGUGGGGAGGGUGCCGAUUGCCUUCGCAAUGGUUAAACUGAUGCAGACUCUGCCUCCGCACAUCAUGGAGGUCAACCUGCCCGGGAUCCUGAUCAAGGUGUGUGUGGUGCUGAGGAACCGUUUCCAGGAGGUACGUGACGUGGCGAGAGGGACACUGGUGAAGAUCAUAGAGACACUGGGGUUCAGAUACCUGCACUACCUGCUCAAAGAGAUGCAGAGUGUCCUGGUGAAGGGCUACCAGGUCCACGUGCUAACGUUUACCGUGUACCAGCUGCUGUCUGCCGUCAGUUCAUCAUUAAAGAGUGGUGACCUGGACCCAUGCAUGAACAUGCUCAUCGAUAUCUUCAACAACGAGCUGUUCGGGGCUGUGGCCGAGGAGAAGGAGGUGAAGGGCAUCGUCUCCAAGCUGAUGGAGGCUCGACACAGCAAGAGCAUGGACUCCUACGAGCUGCUAGCGCAGUUCUGCAGCAAGGAGAGCAUCACCAAGCUCAUACUGCCCCUGAAGGAGAUACUAGAGACUACAUCCAGUCUGAAGGUGUGUAACCGGGUGGGCGCGGUGCUGCGGCGACUCAUCAUGGGUCUACUCGUCAACGUGGGCAUGACUCCUCAGGAUAUCUUACUGCUGUGCCACGGCCUUGUGAGCCAGAGUCUGCCACUGCUCACCAAGAGAGACCGAGAGAAAGCCUCGGCUCAGCCUCCCCCCGACCCCAGACUGCCUCCUCCCAGCUGCCUGCUCCUGCUUCCGACCCCGAAGAGAGGGGGUGCGAGAGCUCCCGUCAGCAGCCGAACCAACAUGCACGUCCUGGUGGACGCUGGCCUCAAGCUGCUCCACCUGAGUCUGAGGAGAUCCAAAGUGACGUCAUCCGAGGCCUCGGCUCUCGAAAUGCUGGACCCGUUCGUGCGGCUGCUGCUCGACUGCAUCGACUCCAUGCACGUCAAGGUGAUCACAGAGGCUCUGGUGGGCUUCACCUGGCUGCUGAAGUUCCCUCUGCCUGCAGUGAACCAGAACGCCGAGCAGCUGACCAGGCAGCUCUUUGUGCUGCUGAAGGAUUACUCCAAGGCCGGAGCGGCCCGUGGGGAGAACUACCAGCUGGUCCAGAGCUGCUUCAAGGCGAUCACCAUACUAGUGAAGAACGUCAAAAGCAACAACAUCUCUGAGACCCAACUGCAGGUGCUGUUGGGAUACGCUGAGGAGGACAUCUACGACCAGUCUCGCCAGGCCACUGCCUUUGGUCUGCUGAAGGCGAUUCUAUCCAGGAAGCUUGUAGUUCCAGAGAUGGAGGAGGUGAUGAAGAAAGUUGCCACGCUGUCUGUCACCGGUAGCAACGCCAUGAUCAGGAUCCACUGUCGACAGAUCUAUCUGAAGUACCUGCUGGACUACCCACUGGGGAGGAAGCUGGGACGGCACCUGGACUUCGUGGUGGCCCAGCUGAACUACGAGCACGACACAGGCAGGGAGUCUGUACUGGAGAUGCUGGCGUACGUCUUCCAGACUUUCCCUCAGAACCUGCUGUUGCAGUACAGCGGUUUGUUCUUUGCACCCAUGGCGCUGGUCGUGGUCAACGAUGACUCUGCACGCUGUAAAAAAAUGGCUGCCAUGGCCAUCAAGGCCCUGCUAACCCAGCUGGACUCGAACCACCAGAACACCUUGUUCUCCCUCGUCAACACCUGGCUGAACGCAGAAAAGGCGAGCCUGCGGCGUCUCGGGGCUCAGGUUUGCGGCCUGUUCGUGGAGGUGGAGGAGGAGAGGUUCACCCGUCGACUGGACGACCUGCUGCCUCUGCUGGAGAAAGAGAUCAACCCUGACAAAUACGAUGAUAUCGAAGAGGAGCAGGAUGAGAAGGGAGCAGACAGGCUGCUGUUCAGUUAUCUGAAUCUCAUCACUAAACUCGGCCAACACUGCAGCCUGCUGGAGCUCAGCAAGCCGCACGACACACUCUUUCGCAUCUGGGGUCACAUUGAAGCCCACCUGCGGUACCCUCACUGCUGGGUGUGGCUGACGGCCUCGCAGCUCUUCGGCCAGAUGUUUGCAGCCCAGCAGGCAGAACAGCUGGUCGCUGUUUGGAGAGGAGAGGGUGGAGACACUUCAUCUCAGUCAGUGGCCAUAGCCUUCAUCACCAGCAACCUGGACAAGAAGAUUAGAGAGUUGGCGUUAUCGUUCUGCCAUCAGCUACAGUCCAAGUUCCUGGACACGGCGUCAGGAGAGCAGGUGAUCAAGAACCUGCUGUUCGUCGGCAAGGUGAUCUACCUCAUUUCCCCCGAGUCUGACGCCACGCCCCUUCAGGGAGAUGUGGAAGAGGAGCAGAGGGAGAAUGGAGAUGAAGAAGAGGGAGAGCUGGAUGAGGAAGGGGAGAGGGAGGAAGACAAGCAAGAGGAGGAGGAGGAAGACAAGGACAAUCGACCACCUUCUCUGCUGUGGUUGAUCAGGAAGUUGUCUCUUAUGGCCAAGAGGGAAGCGGCAAACAGUCCCAAAGUUCCCCUAAAGAGAACAUGUGUGUUUAAGUUCCUAGGAGCCAUCGCCAUGGACCUGGGAAAGGAAAGGCUCGGAGCGUAUCUGACCACUAUCAUCACCCCUCUGUACAGAGAGCUGGACAGCACCUACGCAGACCAAAACCCCACACUGAAGAACCUGGCGCAGGAGCUGAUCGAGCUGCUGAAGAAACAAGUGGGACUGGAGAAAUUCUCACUGGCCUUCUCCGCUGUGCAAAAGGAGUUUUCACAGAGGCGAGCUGCACGGAAACGACACCGAGCCAUGCAGGCGGUAGCUAACCCGGAGAUCGCUGCCAAGAAGAAACUCAAGAAGCACAGGAACAAAAUAGAAGCCAAGAAGAGGAAGAUUGAGUUCCUGCGGCCCGGAUAUAAAGCCAAGAAGCAUCGGAGCCAUGCGCUCAAAGACCUGGCCAUGGUGCAGUGAGCCCCCGAAACUGACCAUACCACUCAGUAAAGUGACUUCUUUUUUUUAGCAGGCAGCUGUUAGCUGCACCUCAUGAACUCUGGAAUCUAUCGAAUGUCAUUUGACAAAGAAAACCUUGCGUUGGGCCAAGAAAGGCAGAGAAAGGAUAUUUCAUGCCCUUGGUUUGCAGAAGGUCUUGGUAAAAAGCGACGGCUCAAUCCAUCUUCUCGCUGUUAGACAUCUUUGUGUGUGUGUAAUGAGACAUCAUCUAACUGCUGUUCCACAGCAGGACGUCUCUGUUUCACUAAUGACUCCAGCUCAUAUGAAAUGUUCCUGCUGUGAACAGAUGUUAAAUCAUCUGAUGAACAGAUGAUUUAUAUCCUCCACAGUUAUAACUAGGUUUUGUAAUUAAAAAAACGAUGCAACAUU